AUGCUGCUGGCUCUACAGUUGCUGUCUGCCAGUCACAUCCGUCGUGCCUUUGAUAAGCUGGCAGAGACGGCGACGACCGAAGCCACCCGUUCGCUCACCGCAUACAUUGAGAGACAGUGGAUGACGAAUCCCAUCUUUGCGGUGGAGGAUUGGUCCGUCUUUAGACAGAUCAUUCGCACCAACAACGAUGUCGAAGGGUGGCACAACCGUCUCAACCAGAAGGUCGGAGGGAUUGGACUGGGGUUUUACAGGCUCGUGCUGAUGGCUGUAGAGUCGGAGGACUUGGAGAGAGGAGGCAACGUCCGUUGUCUGCGUCAAGACAACGCCAUAAGGACGCUUGCAGACGAGUACUUGAAUGGAGACAUUUGGACUUCUGAGUACCUAGGAAGGAUUGGAGAAGUGUAUCGUCUGCGUUCCUUAAACUAG